AUGAGCACAGACGCAGAGAUGGAGCAGUAUGGCCCUUCGGCCAUCUACCUCCGCAAGCCAGAGAAGGAGAGGAUUGAGGCUCAAAACACUCCUUUUGAUGCCAAAACCGCCUACUUUGUUUCUGAUGCUGAUGAGAUGUACCUCAAGGGUAAACUCACCAAGAGGGAGGGCGGCAAAGCUACAGUUGAGACCCUGUGUGGAAAGACCCUCACAGUGAAGGAGGAUGACAUCUAUCAGAUGAAUCCUCCAAAGUUCGACAAAAUUGAGGACAUGGCCAUGAUGACCCACCUCAACGAACCCGCUGUGCUGUAUAACCUCAAAGAGCGUUUUGCAUCAUGGAUGAUCUACACCUAUUCUGGCCUCUUCUGCGUCGUGGUGAACCCCUACAAGUGGCUGCCAGUGUACGACGCUGUGGUUGUACAAGCCUACAGAGGCAAGAAGAGGAUUGAGGCUCCACCCCACAUCUUCUCCAUCUCUGAUAAUGCCUAUCAGUUCAUGCUCACAGAUCGUGAGAACCAGUCUGUCCUUAUCACUGGAGAAUCUGGUGCUGGAAAGACUGUCAACACCAAGCGUGUCAUCCAGUACUUUGCGACAAUCGCAGUUGCUGGCGGCAAGAAGUCUGAUUCCGGCAGCGGCAGCAAGAUGCAGGGCUCACUGGAGGACCAAAUCAUUGCAGCCAACCCUCUGCUGGAGUCUUAUGGAAAUGCCAAGACUGUGAGGAAUGACAACUCCUCCCGUUUUGGUAAAUUCAUCAGAAUCCACUUUGGCUCUUCUGGCAAGCUGGCCUCAGCUGAUAUUGAAACAUAUCUGCUGGAGAAGUCAAGAGUGACCUUCCAGCUGUCUGCUGAGAGGAGUUACCACAUUUUCUACCAGCUCAUGACUGGCCACAAGCCUGAGCUUCUUGAGGCUCUUCUGAUCACAACCAACCCCUAUGACUAUCCAAUGAUCAGCCAGGGUGAGAUCACUGUCAAGAGUAUUGAUGACGUUGAGGAGUUCAUUGCCACAGAUACUGCUAUUGAUAUCCUGGGCUUCAAUGCUGAGGAGAAGCUGGGCAUCUACAAGCUGACUGGUGCUGUGAUGCAUCACGGCAGCAUGAAGUUCAAGCAGAAGCAGAGGGAGGAGCAGGCUGAGCCUGAUGGCACUGAGGAGGCUGAUAAAAUCGCCUACCUCAUGGGCCUGAACUCUGCUGAUAUGCUCAAAGCUCUGUGCUACCCAAGAGUGAAGGUCGGCAAUGAGUUUGUGACCAAGGGUCAGACUGUGCCACAGGUCAACAAUGCUACCAUGGCUCUCUGCAAGUCUGUCUAUGAGAAGAUGUUCUUGUGGAUGGUCGUCAGAAUCAAUGAGAUGCUGGACACCAAGCAGCCCAGACAGUUCUUCAUUGGUGUGCUGGAUAUCGCUGGCUUUGAGAUUUUCGAUUUCAACAGCUUGGAGCAGCUCUGCAUCAACUUCACCAAUGAGAAACUGCAGCAGUUCUUCAACCACCACAUGUUUGUGCUGGAGCAAGAGGAGUACAAGAAGGAGGGCAUUGAAUGGGAGUUCAUUGACUUCGGUAUGGACUUGGCUGCCUGCAUUGAGCUUAUUGAGAAGCCCAUGGGCAUCUUCUCCAUCCUUGAAGAGGAGUGCAUGUUCCCUAAGGCCUCUGACACCUCUUUCAAGAACAAGCUGCAUGACCAGCACCUUGGCAAGACCAAGGCCUUUGAGAAGCCCAAGCCAGCCAAGGGCAAGGCUGAGGCUCACUUCUCUCUGGUCCACUAUGCCGGCACUGUGGACUACAACAUCACAGGCUGGCUGGACAAGAACAAGGACCCGCUGAACGACUCUGUUGUCCAGCUGUACCAGAAGUCUUCAGUGAAGCUGCUGUCCUUCCUCUACGCAUCCCAUGCUUCAGCUGAAGCUGCUUCUGGUGGUGGCGGUGGCAAAGGUGGCAAGAAGGGUGGUGGCCACAAGAAGGGUGGUUCUUUCCAGACUGUAUCUGCCCUGUUCAGAGAGAACUUGGGCAAACUGAUGACCAACUUGAGGAGCACUCACCCUCACUUUGUGCGUUGUCUGAUUCCCAAUGAAUCUAAGACCCCAGGUCUCAUGGAGAACUUCCUGGUCAUCCACCAGCUGAGGUGUAACGGUGUGCUGGAGGGUAUCAGAAUCUGCAGAAAGGGCUUCCCCAGCAGAAUCCUCUAUGGUGACUUCAAGCAGAGAUACAAAGUACUGAAUGCCAGUGUCAUCCCUGAGGGACAGUUCAUUGACAACAAGAAGGCAGCAGAGAAGCUCUUGGGCUCCAUUGAUGUGGAUCACACUCAGUACAAGUUUGGUCAUACAAAGGUGUUCUUCAAAGCCGGUCUUCUGGGUACCCUGGAAGAGAUGAGAGAUGAGAAGCUGGCUGAGCUGGUUACCAUGACUCAGGCUCUCUGCAGAGCAUACCUCAUGAGAAGAGAGUUUGUUAAGAUGAUGGAGAGGAGAGAUUCAAUCUUCACCAUCCAGUACAACAUUCGCUCCUUCAUGAAUGUGAAGAACUGGCCAUGGAUGCACCUGUACUUCAAGAUUAAGCCCCUCCUCAAGAGCGCUGAGACUGAGAAGGAGCUGGCCCAGAUGAAGGAGAACUAUGAAAAGAUGACAAAGGACCUGGCUACUGCUCUGGCUAAGAAGAAGGAGCUGGAGGAGAAGAUGGUUUCCCUCCUGCAGGAGAAGAAUGACCUGCAACUGCAAGUUGCAGCUGAAGGUGAGAACCUCUCAGAUGCUGAGGAAAGGUGUGAGGGGCUCAUCAAGAGCAAGAUCCAACUCGAAGCUAAGCUCAAAGAGACAACCGAGAGGCUUGAAGAUGAGGAGGAGAUCAAUGCUGAGCUGACUGCCAAGAAGAGGAAGCUUGAGGAUGAGUGCUCUGAGCUGAAAAAGGACAUCGAUGAUUUGGAGCUCACCCUGGCCAAAGUGGAGAAGGAGAAACAUGCCACUGAAAACAAGGUGAAGAACCUGACUGAGGAAAUGGCCUCCCAAGAUGAGUCUAUUGCCAAGCUGACCAAGGAGAAGAAAGCUCUCCAGGAGGCUCACCAGCAGACACUGGAUGACCUGCAGGCAGAGGAGGACAAAGUCAACACUCUGACUAAGGCCAAGACCAAGCUGGAGCAGCAAGUUGAUGAUCUUGAAGGUUCACUGGAGCAAGAGAAGAAGCUGCGCAUGGACCUUGAGAGAGCCAAGAGAAAGCUUGAGGGAGACCUGAAGCUGGCCCAGGAGUCCAUUAUGGACCUGGAGAACGACAAGCAGCAGUCUGAGGAGAAGCUCAAGAAGAAGGACUUUGAGACCAGCCAGCUCCUCAGUAAGAUUGAGGAUGAGCAGUCUCUGGGUGCUCAGCUUCAGAAGAAGAUCAAGGAGCUCCAGGCUCGUAUUGAGGAGCUGGAGGAAGAGAUUGAGGCAGAGCGUGCUGCCAGGGCCAAGGUGGAGAAGCAGAGGGCCGACCUCUCCAGGGAGCUGGAGGAGAUCAGUGAGAGGCUGGAGGAGGCUGGUGGAGCCACGGCUGCUCAGAUUGAGAUGAACAAGAAGCGCGAGGCUGAGUUCCAGAAACUGAGGCGCGACCUUGAGGAGUCCACCCUGCAGCAUGAAGCCACCGCUGCAGCUCUCCGCAAGAAGCAGGCUGACAGCGUCGCUGAGCUGGGCGAGCAGAUCGACAACCUGCAAAGAGUGAAGCAGAAGCUGGAGAAGGAGAAGAGCGAGUACAAGAUGGAGAUUGAUGACCUUGCCAGCAACAUGGAGGCUGUGGCCAAAGCAAAGGGCAAUCUGGAGAAAAUGUGCAGGACUCUUGAAGACCAGCUGAGUGAACUGAAGGCUAAGAGUGAGGAGAAUGCUCGUCAGCUAAAUGACAUAAGCGCACAGAAGGCAAGACUCCAGACUGAGAACGGCGAGUUUGGUCGUCAACUGGAGGAGAAGGAGGCUCUAGUUUCCCAGCUGACAAGAGGCAAGCAAGCUUUCACUCAGCAGAUUGAUGAGCUCAAGAGACACAUUGAGGAGGAAGUCAAGGCUAAGAACGCCCUGGCCCAUGCUGUUCAGUCUGCUCGCCACGACUGUGACUUGCUCAGAGAGCAGUUUGAGGAGGAGCAGGAGGCCAAGGCUGAACUGCAGCGUGCCAUGUCCAAGGCUAACUCUGAGGUGGCUCAGUGGAGAACCAAGUAUGAGACUGAUGCCAUCCAGCGUACUGAGGAGCUGGAGGAGGCUAAGAAAAAGCUCGCUCAGCGUCUCCAGGAGGCUGAGGAGUCCAUUGAGGCUGUGAACUCAAAGUGUGCCUCCUUGGAGAAGACCAAGCAGAGGCUCCAGGGAGAGGUGGAGGAUCUCAUGAUUGAUGUGGAGAGAGCCAAUGGCCUGGCUGCUAACCUUGACAAGAAGCAGAGGAACUUUGAUAAGGUGCUUGCAGAGUGGAAGCAAAAGUAUGAAGAGGGCCAGGCUGAGCUGGAGGGAGCUCAGAAGGAGGCCAGAUCUAUGAGCACUGAGCUCUUCAAAGUGAAGAACUCCUAUGAGGAGGCUCUGGAUCAACUAGAGACCCUUAAGAGGGAGAACAAGAACCUGCAGCAGGAGAUCUCUGACCUGACUGAGCAGAUCGGUGAGACUGGAAAGAGCAUCCAUGAGCUGGAGAAGGCCAAAAAGACAGUGGAAACUGAGAAGGCAGAGCUCCAGACCGCUCUUGAGGAAGCCGAGGGUACCUUGGAGCAUGAGGAGUCCAAGAUUCUCCGUGUCCAGCUGGAGCUGAACCAGGUCAAGGGUGAGGUGGACAGAAAGCUGGCAGAGAAGGAUGAGGAGACGGAGCAGAUCAAGAGGAACAGCCAGAGGGUGAUUGACUCCAUGCAGAGCACCCUGGACUCUGAGGUCAGGAGCAGAAACGAUGCUCUGAGGAUCAAGAAGAAGAUGGAGGGCGACCUGAAUGAGAUGGAGAUCCAGCUAAGUCACGCCAAUCGCCAGGCAGCUGAGUCCCAGAAACACCUCAGAGGUAUCCAAGGACAGCUCAAGGAUGCCCAACUGCACCUUGAUGACGCCGUCAGAGGCCAGGAAGACAUGAAGGAGCAGGUUGCCAUGGUGGAGCGCCGCAAUGCCCUCAUGCAGGCUGAGAUUGAGGAGCUGAGAGCUGCUCUGGAGCAGACAGAGAGAGGCCGCAAAGUGGCUGAGCAGGAGCUGGUGGAUGCUAGCGAGCGUGUUGGACUGCUUCACUCUCAGAAUACCAGCCUUCUGAACACUAAGAAGAAGCUUGAGUCUGACCUCGUCCAGAUCCAGAGUGAGGUGGACGACACUAUUCAGGAAGCAAGAAAUGCUGAGGAAAAGGCCAAGAAGGCUAUCACUGAUGCUGCCAUGAUGGCUGAGGAGCUGAAAAAGGAGCAGGACACCAGCGCUCACCUGGAGAGGAUGAAGAAGAACUUGGAGGUGACAGUGAAGGACCUGCAGCACCGUCUGGAUGAGGCCGAGAACCUUGCCAUGAAGGGUGGCAAGAAGCAGCUGCAGAAGCUGGAGUCCAGGGUGCGUGAGCUGGAGUCUGAGGUUGAGGGUGAGCAGAGACGUGGAGCUGAUGCCGUCAAGGGGGUCCGCAAGUACGAGAGGAGGGUGAAGGAGCUGACUUAUCAGACGGAGGAGGAUAAGAAGAAUGUGAACAGACUGCAGGAUUUGGUGGACAAGCUGCAGCUCAAAGUCAAGGCCUACAAGAGACAGGCUGAGGAGGCUGAGGAGCAGGCAAACACUCACCUGUCCAGGUUCAGGAAGGUGCAGCAUGAGCUGGAGGAGGCACAGGAGAGAGCAGACAUCGCCGAGUCUCAGGUCAACAAACUCAGGGCCAAGAGCCGUGAUGCUGGAAAGGGAGGUGAGGCUGCUGAAUAAAGAGACCACAUCCACCAAACAGUGUUCAUAAAAUAUGAACUGACUGUUAAAUGCUUUUUUCUGUAACACUUCAAUAAACAUUGCCU